UUAAUAAUAGUAGUAGCUCUGAUAGUGAAAGCAAUAGUGAAUCUGUUGGACGUCAAUUUACUGAUAUUUGGAAGGAAAUUGAAAUAGGCGAAAAAAUAUCUCGUGGUGUUUACAAGGGAAAAUGUAUUCAUUGUAACAAGGAAUUCAGACGUGCUAAACCUAUUAAAACUAGAACUCAUAUCGCAAAUGAAUGUCCAACUAAUUUGAUUGUUAAACAUUUUAAUAAAUCUUAUAUUGCAAGUAAUAUAUUAAAAACUUUAAUGGAAAAAUAUAAAAUCGUUGCUGGUGGACUUAAAUAUUAUGUUGAAACAAGAUGGAUUACAUUUCAUGAAUGCAUUUUUUCAAUUAUACGUCUCAAAAAAUGUUUAGAAGAAAUUAGAGACGAAUUUGCAUAUAAGAUUGCAAAUAAUAAAAUUAUUACUAUUUUAAAAAGCCGUGGAUUUUUUGAUAACAUACAAUAUCUAAUGGAAAUACUUACACCAAUCAAGUUUGCAAUUCUUGAAGUAGAAGGGAAAACUGGACUUAAGUUCGGUGUAUUUCCUAAAAUUGCUUAUCAUGCUGGCAUAUUAUGGAAAUCUUUAGGAAAUACUCAAGAAAGCUUUGAAUCCUUAAUAACACAAUUACGGGAAUAUAAAAUGCAAGUACAUUCUUAUGGAACUUCGAAUGCAUAUGCUAUGCCUUAUACAACUAAUCAAGAUACUCCAUUAAGCUGGUGGACAACAUGUGAAGUUAAUCCAAAUGAAAUGAAUACUCAAACUUUAGAAAGUAUUGCUAAAGUUCAUCGAUUUAAUAUUUCACAAAUUAAGUCAACAACUCAACAAAUUAAAAACAAUGAAUUAAAUAUUAAUGAUAUAUAUACAUUAGUUAAUUCUAUGUUUCAUAAUUUUGAAGAGGAUGACGAUUCUCAAGAUGAAGAAGUCGAUCAACAUUCUGUUUUGGACUCAACCAAUAUUAUAACAAAUGAUUUGGAAUUAGAAAUUAAAACUAUUAUUGAUUUUAAUUCACAAAUCUUUGAACCAUCCAAUAACAAUAAAGAUGAUUUAAUUGAAAAUGAAAACUUUAAUAAUAAUAAAGGAAAUUUUGAGGAUUAUGACCCGCAAACAAUUAUUCAAAAUAUGGGAUUCGAUAAGGUUUGA